AGAGACUAGAGGCGAAGUUCCACGGAGGUUCCACACAUAACCCCGGCCUCGCGAAGUCGUAAAAUCCGUUGAUGCCGUUGACGUAGUACUCACGUAUGUAGGUAGUCAUUACCUAACAAUCUAGGUACCUACGGAUCGCGAAGAUGGACUUUAGUAAUAAUUCGCGUUGGUUAGGUCCGGCCACCGUCACCCUAAUUCGAUUGACCUGGUAAUGUGUACAACCUGUUGUACCACCUAGGCAUCAUAGAAAUCACGGCAUUCACAUUAUCAAGAGGGGAACGGCUAAAUAUAUAAAAGCCUCAAGACGAUUCAGCAAGACGAUACAUGUUCUUCACAUAAAACAAUACCUAGUUUCCCGAUUCACCACCGAAAGAUCAGUUCACUUCUAACUUAUCAGGAAAAUCGACAAGACAGUCAAAAUGCCUACACUCGUCGGAAAAGAGAUCGGAUCCACGGGAUUUGGAUUGAUGGGAUUGACCUGGCGGCCGGAACCGGUUCCCCAGGAACAGGCGUUCGAGGCUAUGAAGGCAGCGCUGAAUAAUGGGAUGAACUUCUGGAACGGCGGCGAAUUCUACGGGCCGCCUGAGUACAAUUCUCUCGUGCUGCUCGAGCGCUACUUCGCCAAGUAUCCCGAGGAUGCCGAGAAGGUCGUGCUGAGCAUCAAGGGUGGCGUUGGCGCCGUGGGCAGGGAGCCUGAUGGAUCGCCUGAGAACACCCGCAGAACUCUCGAUAGCUGCAUCGCUCAGCUCAAGGGCCGCAAGAAGAUUGAUAUCUUUGAGUUUGCUCGCCGCGAUCAGAAUGUCCCUAUGAAGACGACCUUCGAUGUCGUGCAAAAGGAGUACAUCGACACUGGUAAGAUUGGCGGCAUCUCACUCUCAGAGGUCAGAGCCGAGACGAUCCACGAAGCUGUCAAGAUCAUCAAGGUCGUAGGCGUCGAGGUUGAACUUUCGCUAUUCUCAAGACACAUCUUCGACAACGGCGUAGCGGAAGCAUGCGCAAAGUACGACAUCCCCAUAAUCGCAUACUCGCCGAUCGGGCGCGGUUGGCUCAGCGGGACCAUCAAGACCAUCGACGACGUGCAGCCGCAGCUGCGCGUGUGGCCAUGGUUCCAGCCGCCGAACUUCGCCAUCAACCUCGAGCUCGCGGGGCAGGUCGCCGCGCUCGCGAAGCGGAAGGGCGUUACACCGGCCCAGCUGGCCAUUGCUUGGACGAAGCGGCUGUCGACUUGGCGCGAGGGCGCGCCGAAGACGAUUAUACCGAUCCCCGGGGCUACGACGGCCGCGAGGGUUACGGAGAAUGCGGUGCUAGUGGAGCUGGAGGAUGAGGAGAUGGCGGCGUUGGAUGAGACGUUGGGGAAGUUCCCGAGUGCCGGGGAGAGGUAUCCUGAGGGGAUUCCUACGAAUACAUAGGUGGGUGGCUGGGCUUUGAUGGCUUCGGGUUUAUAAUACCUAUGUAUACCCGCAUGCUAUUUUCUAAGUCAAACUUCCCAAUAGCAAUUAUAGAACUAGGUUAGAUAGAUUGUGAUUGAGGUACGUAUAUCUAAGUGCCUGUCAAAUAUACUCAGCUCCGGGUUUGAUGUUACGCUUGGCUUAGGAAUUCGAUUCCCUGAGCUGAUGUUUUCUUCUUUCCUGGUCAUCUCUAUUGGUUGUUAUUCACUUCGCAUAAGUAUCUAGUUUAGAGCUGAAGUUUUCUGUUCAAUAAGGUAGGUAUCAUUUGGAUUUAUCCCUCUUCUUCGGAGGACAUACCUACGUAAA